CGAAUAAAAGCUAUUAAACAAAAAAAAAUUAUAAUAGUAAAAUAAUAAUAAUAACGUAAAACUAUAAACAAUUACUGAGAAGUUUUGAGAUACCGGUGAUUAAUCGCUAAGAUAGAAAAAAUACAGGUACUAAUUUUUGGAUCAUUGCCGUUUAACGCAUAAGAUGAGAGAACUAGUAGUUGUGCUAUCAGUAUUAAUGAGAUAACUACAUUUAACAAUUGAAGCUCUGAUCUAAAUUGUGUUACAAAAAGCUCAAAUCUGUGGAAGCCAGUUAUACCAGAAGAGUACAUUUGAUUGUUAAUAGCUCAGUUUAUUCCAAAAACGAUUGAAAAUAGAAAGGCCAUUAAAAAGGCACUCAUUUCAAUAUAUAUCAACAUUACAAGUUUCAUCAGUAUUAAAGCCAUUUAAAUUGAAAACUGAGUUCGACAGAUCUUCUAUAAAAAAAUUGAGGGCGAAAAAACCACGCCUAAUCCAAACUGUGUAAGUUAUUUAUUAAGAACACCAAAGUUAAUGAAAAAUAUAGCAAUUUUAGAAAAGAAAACUAUGGAUAAUCCACGGGGAUUGAACGAAAAAGACUUUUUAAUCAGAGAUAAUAUAAACGCAGUAAAUAAUGCUGCUGAUUAUUUGAUGGAAAUAAAAGAUGCGCCUAUUAUAAAAACUAAAAAGCGCGGACGUCCGAAAAAGGAACGAUUGCAUGAAGUAUUUCCAAAUGAACCACAGCGAAAUUUUAAAUUUAAAAGUGUACCAAUAGCUCCAUAUAAAUAUCAAGGACACCAAAAAAAAAUAGUACAAUCCUCAUAUGAAACACCUGGUCCAUCGAAUCAGCAACAAUCACGAGAAAUCUUCGAAUCCAAGCAAAAUAAUAAUGUGAAUAAAAGAGUGGAAGGGAAUGAUAAAUUAUGUGAAUUUUUACCUAAGGAAGCAGUUCAAAAAGAUCGAGUUUUAAAAAUUGAAAUUGAACCAGUAGUUCCACCCGAUGGACAUCCGAGAAAAUUAGGUAAAUUACAUAAAGUAUGUGAAAAACCUGGUCCAACAAAUCAGCAACAAUCACGUCGCAUACCUCGCAAUAUCUUUAAAUACAAACAAAUUAAUGAUAUGAAAGAAAGUUUGGAUAAUAAAGAUAAAUUAUGCAUUAAGGAACCAAGUUCAACAACUUUAUCCAAGGACGCAAACGAAACACCUGUAACAAUCACAAUUAUUAACAUUAAUGAUAUUUUGAAUAAUAAAAUAAUCCUCGACGAUGGAUCUGAUUAUAAAUAUAACGAUGAGUCGGAUGAUGAAUUUGACGAUGAAUAUGACAAUGAUUCCUUUUAGACACCGAUUACUUGAUAACCAUAAGCCGCAUUUUUACAAAAAAUAAACUAUCUACUAACAAAUAAGAAUAAAUAUAUUUUUACAAUAC